AGCUGGGGUUCCUUUUAUGCGGCAGCCUUACCUUCUAACUCUAAGUCCCACAAGGGAGAUGUGAAUCUUGGAGUUCCCAGCUCCAGCACCAUCCUCCCUGCAUCCUCGGAGGGGGUUGGAAUGCCACAGUAGAGGCCGAGCAUUGAGAAGAGGGCAGAUUCUACGAGGUCUUGGAGACAUCUGCGGCUUAAUGGGGACUUUCCAACAUUCCAGACUGCUGUCCUACAAUGAAGCUCUGAGUCACUGACCCAAGUACUGGCAACAAUGUGGACACCCAGGACAGCCAGCGUCAGGCACCAUCAGUGUAAGCCGCAGCCCAGAGCUAGCGUGGCCUGAAACUCCAGCAAGCGCUAGAGAAAGCCUCCCGUGUUCAUGGAAAGAGGAAAGGAAAGGAUUCCCAGCCAAUCACAACGACCUUUCUGCGGUUCCAAGGAGCCCACCUUCCUUAUCCAUCAGGCUGUCCUGCCUGGAGAUUCCCACUCGACCCUUCUGCCAGAAAUACAGUGUGGAGGUCUCACUGAAAACAGAAAGACCAACACUCAGAAAAGGAGACCUGGAACAGUGAUACUAUCAAAACGCCCAAGUAGAACUAUGUCAGGAAGCCAGCCUAGCCCUCCUGUGAUCCCACCACGCAGACCGGGGUUCCGGAUAUGCUACAUCUGUGGCCGAGAGUUUGGGUCCCAAUCACUUGCCAUUCAUGAACCCCAGUGCCUGGAGAAGUGGCGCAUUGAGAACAGCAAACUGCCCAAGCACUUGAGGAGGCCAGAACCCUCCAAACAACAGCCCAUCGGUGGCAGUGGCUCCUACAGCCUUCAGGCAGCCAACGAGGAGGCAUUUCAGAGCGCACAGGCUCAGCUGCUCCCCUGUGGCUACUGUGGCCGCACAUUCUUGCCAGAUCGUCUCCAGGUUCACCAGAGAAGCUGCAAACCAAAGGGUGAGAAUCCCAAAACACCAGCUACGGAUGGUCCUGAUGUUCCUAGUGGUCUCAAGAAAGCUUCCAGCGGCAUCCCAGCCCGACCAAGGACUCUCAUCUGUUACAUUUGUGGUAGGGAAUUUGGCACACUGUCCCUUCCUAUCCAUGAGCCCAAAUGCUUGGAAAAGUGGAAGACUGAGAAUGACCGGCUCCCUAGAGAGCUGCGUAGGCCACUGCCCCAGAAGCCCCAACCUCUUCCAACUGGACAGCCUAGCCAAGAAGGGGCCAGUGUAGCUGCGCUUGUGCCUUGCCCAAACUGUGGCCGGACCUUUGCCCCAGACCGCCUACCUGUACACCAGAGAAGUUGUAAAUCUCAACCCAAUGGGCAAAAAAUUCCAGAUUCGAACUUAGAAAGGAAAAGUGGCCCAAAUGUACCCAUCAAUUCCAAGCAACAAAGGAACGUGGCAGCAGGAAGUGAGGACAAGCCAACAAUGAUAAGGCGUCCACCAACAGUUGUUUGUUACAUCUGUGGCCGUGAAUAUGGGACCAAAUCUAUUAGCAUCCAUGAGCCACAAUGUCUGAAAAAAUGGCAUAAUGAAAACAAUUUGUUGCCUAAAGAACUAAAGAGACCAGAACCGAAAAAACCAGAAGUUAGAGUCAUUACUGCCAAGGGGUUCUAUGAUCUUGACGCCUUAAACGAAGCUGCUUGGGCAAGUGCCCAGAGCCAAUUGGUUCCCUGCGACGUUUGUGGGAGGACCUUCCUGCCAGACAGACUGAUAGUUCACCAGCGAUCCUGUAAACCUAAAGCCGCCAAGUAAAGCUCUUUCCUCAGCA